AUGGAUGGGAGUACGACGUACUGCUACUUCAUGUCGGAGAAGUACUCGCUCAAGCAGCCGCUCGAGGACAGCGUACUGGUGCAGGACUCGGGCAGCGCGUGCCCCAUCACAGUUCGGGUGGACAUUGCCAACAAACUGGAGAAGAACGCGCGCAUACCUCUGCGGUACACUGCUACGCUGGACACGUCGUCGAUCAACCCGACGUUUGACUUUCCCGAGCCCAUUACGAAGGUAACUGUGCCCGACUAUCUCAUCGGUGGCAACAACACGUCGGACGCCUUGAGGAGCAGCUCCGACGCAUUUGACAUUGCGGUCGCGAACGUGGUCAUGUGUGACUGGCGUGCAUGUGACCUCUUUAUGAAGAACAGCGAGAGCUCGAGCCACUACUCGACGACGAACAACCCGAACAACUUUGACGACAACGUCGCUGUGUUUGGGUCCCAGGAGCUCGUCGUCCCCAAGGACGGCAAGUACACAGGUUACGUUCACCUCGUGGUCAGCGUCGCGGGCGAGUCGCGCGCCGACUUUAUUACGUUCUUCCCCGUGCAGGUUGGGGACGUUGCUGGCACAACGCCCAACAAUAUCGACACGGACGGCACGACGACGUAUUGCUGGACUGCUAAGGAUGUGUCGGUAUUCGAUCCCAGCGUCUCGGGCGACCUCACCAUUCGUACGGGCAACUACUGUCCUGGCACCAUGUCGAUGUCGCUCUCGUCUACCGAAGUGCACGUCGGGGAAACGGUCGAUAUCACUUGGAUGCUGGACUUGGCCCACUCGUCCGUCGAUGACUCGACCCUUAUUGCCGAGGUCUCGAAGACGGACGCGAUCAGGAACCCGCGAACAGGCGUCUACUCGGUCGUGCCCGUGUCCGUCUUUGGUGGCUGCCAGCGAAGUUUGGCCAAUGCCAACUGCUCUACGUACUCGGGCGACGAGUCGUCCACUUUUACCAUUGCCGAAUAUGGUGACAUGAACCUCACGAGCGGUGCCAUCAGCUACUCCACGAAGUACACGUUCGACACGCCGGGCCAGUUCACAAUGUUUGGCCGCGUUGCCUUAGUGACUGUAGACGGCGAGCGGAUCGACAUGGCCAUCUACUCGAGCACGACCGUGUCUGUAGACGGUGGGAGCGGCGGAAGCCAUGUGUUCCUCUACAUUGGCAUUGGCAUUGGGGCUGCCAUCCUGCUGGCUGGUUUGCUGUUCUGCUACGUGAAGAAACGUCACGACAAUGUGAAGAUGAAGAAGGCUCCGUGCCGCCAGCGUCCAAGCGAGAUGGGCCAAGCGAGCGAUUACACCUUGGCAUCUUCGAACUUCUUGUCACACAGGACACCCGCGCAGCAGCUACAGGGAUUGAGCUUGAGCGGUAGCCACGGCGUCCGAAGCAGCAACACUACGCCGUCGUACCUUGCGAUCAAUGCUGAGAAGACGAGCAUGUUUGACAGGACAAUAGGUGCCGAGCCCGAUCAGAUGGCUGCGUCGAUGCAAAGCACCGAGUCGUUCUCGCUGAACCCGUACGACCGUGCGAGCUUUGCAGGGUUAGACGAUGACUAUGAAGACUCGCCGCCUUCCGAAGGUGGCAAACUCUCGAUGCAGUCUGCGUUCGACAACGAGUCGGAGUGGGAGUAUGAUACUCAAGAGGCACUUGGUGUGGAUAACGGCCAAGACUUUGGUGGCUUUGGAAUGGACGUUGGCACGAGUCUGCCGACUUCGGGGGCUUACGAGGUGGGUCAGAGCAUGCCCAUCAUGGAAGACGGUGACCUCGGUCGCCACUUUGCCGACGACCCUCAGGAGCUGUUGAAAUCGACCAGCGGUCUCUGUAGCACGACUAGUUCAGGUUGGACUGUGAAUCAUGAAGCACAGUGA